AUGACAUUGAUUAUUUUUGCCUCCCGACCGCUGUUUUUCACGGAGCUCCAGGAAGCUCUAGCCUUUUCAACUGGUCUGCGUAAGAUCAGCACUGAUGACCUGGUGGAUAAAGAGACAAUAAUGGAAGCCUGUGCUGGCAUAUUAGUUGCUUCAAUCUGUUAUCACUCAGAUUACUCUGCUCAGGAAUAUCUCGUAAAAUGUGGAGAUUGGGCUUUCCCAGACCCCGAAGUGCAAAUCACCAACAUAUGCCUUGACUCUCUUUCUAUGCUUCCACCGAAAGACACAAAUCCUGUAGACGUUCACCGCAGCCAAGGCUUCAUCGUUUAUGCGCGACAAAAUUGGGGCCAUCAUGCACGCAGUGUUGAGAAGACGAUUCCAAUGGCGAUCCAUGACUUUUUACGUGAUGACGCAAAUGUUGAGAAUGCCCUACAACCCAUGUAUGGUUUUGAUUCUCGUUACUUCAAUGGGGGCUCAGCAUUGCACUUGUGUGCCUAUUUCGUUCUCAUCAUCGACACCGUCAAGCUGCUGUUGGAGCGGGAUGGGGUUGAUGUGAACCCAAAGGACAACAACGGUCGGACACCGUUCUGGCAAGCCGCUCGAAAGGGGCGGGUGGAGGUUGUAAGGCUAUUGUUGGCCACUGAUGGUGUGGAUGUUGACUCGCAGGACCAUGAAGGUUGGACACCGCUUUUAUGUGCAGCACAUGAAGGGAAGGCCGAAGUUGUUGAGCUACUAUCGGCGAGGCACAAUGUGGGAGUUUAUUCACACAAGGAUUGUGAUUCCACACCGUACACUCUUACGGCUAAUCAAGGGGAAGCCCAGCUCACACUCUCCGAGACAUGCAUACCACUUGCUUUCUUGUUCCGACCUCCAUACCACAAGGAAUUAGCCUGUUUGCUUGUCGAAAGAACUUCGGUAAACUUUAAAGUCAACUGGAAAGAUCAGAGUGGUUUUACGCCCCUAUGGAUAGCAACCUGGCAUGGUGAUGAAAAGACGGCGGAACUUCUAUUGGCUUGCGGUGGGGUUGACAUGAACUUGCUUCCGAUGGACAGCAGUGUCCCACCAUUGUGGGCUGCAGCAUACCAUGCUUUUAGCAAAGUGGACGAGAUUUCAGACACGAGUCCCCCCACUCACCAAGGUGUAGAUAGCACCGACACAAACGGUAGAAAGAGCAACGACCUUGAGAGCAUCAAAAAUUCAGGUUUCCAGCAAGGGAAUGAGACAGUGUUGAAGUUGCUGCUCAAAAGAUGCGAUGUUGAUGUGAACUGGCAAAACAAGAACAGAGAAGCACUCCUUUUCAUAGCAGCAAAAAAUGGAUGCAUCUCUCUUGUGAAACAACUGCUCUCUAGAGAUGACAUUGACACAAAUUUGCAAGAUGAUAAUGGAGAUUCACCACUACACCGUGCAGUACAUUCUGGGCACAAGGAGGUGGCUGCUUUACUUGUGGCAUGUGAUGACAUCGCACUCAAUUUGAAGAAUGCUUUGGGUCAAAAUCCCCUUCAUUGCACCAUCAUAUCACAAAACAGCAAGGAACAGGAAUUGUGGGAUGCUUGUACACAAGAGAAGACUGUGGAGCUUCUUCUUGCUCACAGCAACAUUUGCAUUAACUUGGAGGACAACAGUGGAUUGACACCUUUGAUGCUUGCGUGCUCUGUGGGGAGAUUAGGCAUAGUGAAGUUGAUUGAAAAAUACCUCUUCGACACCAGUCUUGAGGAUGAAGUGACAGCACAAUUUGAAGGUGUGAAACGGAACUGCGUCAACAUGCAAGAUGGUUUUUCGUUCCAGGAUGAUACAUCAGAGACUUAUUACACAACCUUGGAUGAGAUGUCAGAGACUUAUUACACUACCUUGGAUGAGGUAUUAGAAAUCACAGAGCAGUAA